GAUGCAACAGGGGUACUUCCGGUCCACAUGUAAACGUCUGAUUUACAUGCAGACGAGUGCUUGUAAUUACCUGUCUACAUUGAACCAGAUACAGUUUACUCUGACUUUUCAGCGUCCCUAAACAUGAAGCUGUUAACGCACAACAUGUUGACGUCUCACGUGAAGGGAGUCACCAAAGGAUACCCGCUGCUCAUCAAGGCAACUGAGGUGAAGAUGAAUGAGGUGGAAUUCAACCCUCAGUUUGUCAGCAGGAUGAUCCCCAAACUGGAGUGGAGCGCUCUGGUCCAGGCUGCAGAGGGGCUGGGUCAUCGACAAGACCUGCCGGGUGAGCUGGUGCCAGAAUACGAGAAAGACGAAGAGUUCCUGAAGAAAGUGCACAGAGUGCUAUUAGAGGUGGAGGUGAUAGAGGGCUCUCUGCAGUGCCCUGAAUCAGGACGAGAGUUCCCGAUCUCCAGAGGAAUCCCCAACAUGCUGCUGAGCGAAGAUGAGGUGUAGAUGGCACCAGUGUUUCUCAUACACAACCUCACCCCCAAAUUGUCACUCAGAUGGGACUGUGGGUAUUCAGAGAGAAGAGAGGCUGGACUGGUUUAAGUGUAUGCCAUGAGAAAAUAGGCCAUGCUGUUUGGUUGUCUGUAGUUAUGACAUUAAAUGGCCGAUGCUGCCAGUGGUGGAAAAAAGAUUUGAAGAAUAACAGAUGGAAGUGUUCCCCGAGAGUAACCCCCUGUGGUUUUAUCUGUAUUUAUUUUUGUAACUUUUUGGGCUCUUUCUUUUUUCAAUAAAGCGGUCCUGAUUUCCAUGACGACCCAAAA